CACUCCCAACGGCCAAGAGGAAGCGGCCAGUAACCGCUCAGUCCGUCCCGCCCCGCCCCGCAGCCACCAAGGCGGCGCCAUGGCCUCCGUCGCCUCCUGCUCUUCCACCGUAUUCGCCUCCUUCUCCUCCAUACCCUUCCGAAACAGGACGCAUCGUCCGUCUCUCCGCCCGCCGCCGCGCCGCGGCUGCCUGCCCGGCCGCCCGGUUCUUAGGUGCCUUGUGAAAUCCGAAUCGGGCGAGCCGCCGCUGCUGCGAGCCCCUGUGGUUUCUGACGAAAAGGGGGCUGAGGCUGAGCCGCCCGCCCGGGACCGGGGCGGAACCGCGCCGUUCGAUGCGUCGUGUGGGUUCGCGUUCGCGGCGGCUGCGGGGGUGCUCAUUCUCCAGGGGUCGCAGCAGGCGUUGGCCGGCACGCAGUUCAUGGGCCUGCAGCCGCCGGCGGACGUGCUGGGGGAUCUAGGGGACAUUAGUACAGGUUUUGCUUCAGCUUUUCUGCUGAUCUUCUUUUCUGAGCUAGGAGACAGGACGUUUUUCAUUGCGGCACUUUUAGCAGCUAGAAAUUCUGGAGGAGUCAUUUUUCUUGGCACAUUUGGAGCUCUUGCAGUAAUGACAAUUAUAUCUGUAGUUCUUGGUCGAGCAUUUCACUAUGUUGAUGGCGUCAUUCCAUUCAGUUUUGGCGGGUCAGAUUUCCCGGUUGAUGACCUUCUUGCUGUGUGUCUCUUGGUUUAUUAUGGAGUUACUACAUUGCUUGAUGCAGCUUCAGGUGAUGGAGAAAAGAUGAAUGAGGAGCAAGAGGAGGCUGAGAUAGCGGUUUCAAAAUUUUCUGGAAAUGGUGCGGGCAUAAUGUCUGUCGCGAGCACUCUUGCUAGCACCUUUGUUUUGGUUUUUGUUGCUGAAUGGGGUGAUAAGUCGUUUUUCUCUACUAUCGCACUAGCUGCAGCUAGCUCCCCUCCAGGUGUCAUUGCAGGGUCGCUUGCUGGUCAUGGUGUUGCAACAUUGAUUGCAGUUCUUGGUGGUUCUUUGUUAGGGACAUUUCUAUCUGAAAAGAUUAUAGCAUACAUUGGAGGCAGUCUCUUUUUAGCAUUCGCUGCCGUGACACUAUUUGAGAUCGCGAGUUCAUGACUUGAGAUGGGCUUUCAAGAUUCGUCAACAAAAUACGUGAUAGAUGUGCACCAGAUACAUCAUUUAGUGAUAAGGAAAUUCACUGGUCAUAUGGAACAUCAUUAGCAUGCAUCGGACUGCAGAAAAGUUUUUAUAUCCCAGAUUCCCAGUGCAGAAAAGUCUUGUUUGCUGUUGCUGAGACUUUCUGCCUCCUUUCCAAGGACAUCAGUUGAUUCAAUUCAUCAGCAUGAUUGGUACUCAGAAUACAUCGAGAACUCAAGUGGGAGUGUGGCAUUUGAACAAAAAGCUGUAAAUGUCCCAGAGCCCUCUUGUGCAGAGAGCGGAUUUUUUGCUUCGGGUGGCUAUCACACCCGAAAUCUGAGCCGCCCACCUUGUUUUUAGGAUCUGUGCCCCUGAUUUUCGGUUUCCAAAAUACAUUUGCAAUACAUGGCAGUGGCAUA